UCAAGCAUAUCCACAAGCAAGCUGCCACUGUAAUGCUUCCAGCAGCACGCGCGCUAUAAAAUGGCUUUACGCCACCUCACUCCACUGAGUCCACUCUCUCCCUUCACACGCAUACCUCCACGACGUUGUUUCACUCAGAAGCCCUUCUCCCUCUCCGUCUCGGCAUCCAUGGGUUCUUCUUCUCGUAAGGUUUUGGUUCCGAUCGCCCACGGCUCGGAGCCGAUGGAGGCGGUGAUCAUCAUCGAUGUGCUCCGGCGAGCUGGCGCCGAUGUGACCGUCGCUUCUGUGGAGAAGCGGCUUCAAGUUGAUGCGUGCCAUGGCGUGAAGAUUGUUGCGGAUGCCCUAAUUUCUGACUGCGCUGAUACUGGUUUCGAUCUCAUUUCGCUGCCGGGAGGAAUGCCAGGUGCUGCCACUCUCAGAGAUUGUGGCAUGCUGGAAAGCAUGGUAAAGAAGCAUGCUGCUGAUGGGCAGCUCUAUGCUGGAAUCUGUGCGGCACCUGCUGUGGCACUUGGAUCAUGGGGCUUGAUGAAAGGUUUGAAGGCAACCUGUUAUCCAUCAUUCAUGGAGCAAUUGUCUUCCACUGCAACUACAGUUGAAUCAAGAGUCCAACAGGAUGGCAAAGUUGUGACGAGUCGUGGACCAGGCACUACUAUGGAGUUCUCAGUCUCUUUGGUUGAGCAAUUAUAUGGAAAAGAGAAAGCUAAUGAAGUUUCUGGGCCACUGGUGAUGUGUUCCAAUCUUGGGGAUAAAUUCAUCAUGGCUGAGCUAAAUCCGAUUGAUUGGAAGUGUGACAAUCCUCAGAUUCUUGUGCCUAUUGCUAAUGGCACAGAAGAAAUGGAAGCUGUUAUAAUCAUUGAUUUUCUGCGUCGAGCAAAGGCAAAUGUUGUGGUGGCCUCUGUUGAAGACAAAUUAGAAAUUGUGGCUUCACGAAAAGUGAAACUAGUGGCAGAUGUGCUUCUUGAUGAAGCUGUUAAACUUUCAUAUGACCUAAUCGUCUUGCCAGGUGGACUAGGUGGUGCCCAAGCAUUUGCCAGCUCAGAAAAACUGGUGAAUUUGCUAAAGAAUCAGAGGGAGUCAAAUAAACCAUAUGGAGCAAUAUGUGCAUCCCCAGCUCUCGUCCUGGAGCCCCAUGGCUUACUCAAGGGCAAGAAGGCCACAGCUUUUCCUGCACUAUGUAGCAAGCUGUCCGAUCAGAGUGAAAUCGAGAACAGGGUUCUGGUUGAUGGCAACCUCAUUACCAGCAGAGGCCCCGGAACUUCCAUGGAGUUUGCACUGGCAAUCAUUGAGAAGUUCUUUGGCCACGGUAAAGCACUAGAGCUUGCAAAGGUAAUGCUUUUCUCAAGCCAGUAAAGAGUAUUUCCCCCCUACUACUGCUGAAGUUAGUAGAAAGACUGAAACGAAAAUCUGAAUGCAUAUUUGAAUAUGUCGUUCAGUUCAUGGCCAUGCGCAGAAGUCUUGUUUAUAAAUAAACGAGCUUCAAAUAACAGAACUCGAUGUAUGGUUUUGUAUAAUUUCAUAUUAUAGUAGAGAAGAUCAUAGUUAAUCCA